AUGAAUUCAUCAUCUCUUAUAUCGAAUAAUGAUCUCAUCUUGGAGAUAUUGUCGAGACUGCCUUCAAAGUCAGUGACUAGGUUUCGUUGCGUGUCGAAGCUAUGGGCAUCAAUGUUGUGUAGUCUAUAUUUCAAGGAGUUGUUCUUGACCAGGUCCUCGGCUAAGCCACGUCUCUUAUUCGCCAUCAUAGAAAACGGGGACGAAGACGCAGAAGCUGGCUGUGGUGUAUGGAGCUUCUUCUCGUUGCCUCAGCUUGAGUAUCCAUAUGAACAAUCACCAUCGACGAGUCUUGUAGUAGCAGCCGCGGAGUUUCACGUGAGGUUCUCUCCAGACAGUUUAAAGAUCAAUCAUUACUAUAACGUAAGGCAUUGUUCAUGUGGCUACGCUUCUGGAUUGUUCUAUAUCCAUGGUAAUCGAUGCCAAGCUAGACCUGCUCUGAUAUGUAACCCCAUCACAGGACGGUAUGAGAUUUUACCUGAACGGUAUACUUACAGAAAGGCGUAUAGCUUUUUCGGGUUUGACCCGGUUGAGAAGCAAUACAAGGUAUUGUACAUGGCUUAUCCAUAUGGUCCAGGUCGUCAUAGAAUUCUUACAUUUGGAUAUGGAGAUAUGAGAUGGAGAAAGAUUAAUUGUUCCUUACGACAUGAAGUUAAGAGUGAUGGGGUAUGCAUCAAUGGGGUUUUGUAUUACUUAGGCGACGCGUCGGAUUCUAUACAUGUUAGUUCUGAUGAUGUAACGUUGCAUUAUGUGAUAGUUUGCUUUGAUGUUAGGUCUGAGGAAUUCACUUUUAUUGAAGUAGAAAGGUUUUGUCGGUUGAUAAACUACAAGGGCAAAUUAGCUGUGAUUUAUUGGGAAGAUGAUGAAGACGUUUACGAGAUUUGUAAUGGUAGUAAGGACCUUGAAAAGUAUUUGGAGGAAAAUCUUGAAGUUGAUGCCACUAAUGAGUUGCAUGUGUGGGUUCUAGAGGAUGUUGAGAAACAAGAAUGGUCGAGAUAUGCCUACACUUGGACCGAUGAUAAGUUCUUCCGUCGUCACGUUUCCUUCGCUGGAGCGACUGUUUUGGGAGAAAUAGUGUUUUCGGUGCGCAAGUAUACACCCAAACAACCGUUUUAUGUUUACUACUUCAAUCCCGAAAGGAAGACUCUUCAACGUGUUGAGAUCCAAGGUUUUGGUGAAGCUUUUAAGACAUCUUGUAGCAUUCGCACCUUUGUAAACCACGUAGAAGAUCUUAAUGUUAACGAUUUAGAAUUACUCAAGUCAGUCCAUCCUCCAUUGGAGGAAACAGAUUAUGAAGGGAAUUCAGAUUCAGAAUAA